UCUUCCGUACGCCUCGGCCCGAGACCGCGUCCCCACCCACGCCCACAACCGCUCCUCCUCUCCCACAAAAGCGAGGAGGCGAAGGGGGGAGCGCAUCCCGCCGCCGCGCAGGACGAAGGAGACCUCCCGGUCGCCGCCGCCAUGUCGUCGAUGAUGUCCGUGCUGUCGAACUGGCUGGUGAACCCGCGCCGCAACCCGCUCGCCCGCCUCCACAUGCACGCCGUCUCCUCGCGCCUCAGGAAAUACGGGCUGAGGUACGACGACCUGUACGACCCGUACUUCGACCUGGACAUCAAAGAGGCGCUCGGGAGGCUGCCUAAGGAGGUGGUCGACGCCCGUGUCCAGCGCCUCAAGCGCGCCAUGGACCUCUCCAUGAAGCAUCAGUACCUCCCCGAGGACCUCCAGGCUGCGCAAACUCCAUUCAGAGGCUAUUUGAGUGACAUGUUGGCUCUGGUAAGGAUCUUUUCUGCUUCAUCCUUUAUCAUUUCACCUGUCCUUUCCAUAAAAUCCUGUAAGCCACUAUCUCUUUUCUUCCAUAAGGGAAUAGUCUCACGUGCAAUGAUAAAGUUCAUCUGACAACCAGGAUAUCCUGACCGUUUCUUUCGUGGGUGUAUGCCCUUUAAUUCUCUUACUGUUAUUUUCAUAAGGUGCAUAACAGCAUGAAUAUCAGCCUCACUGGCACUCAUUUUCAUGAUCGCUAUCAUGUUGAGCCUUGUUUUCAUCAUUACUGUUGUACUUUGGCUAAUCAAUACUUGGUGCAAGCUGGAAAAUCAUAGCAUUUACAAAUUCAUUGAUUUCUUCAAAAAAAAA